ACAAAUCACAUGGUCCGUCACAUCUCAUACUCGAAGGCUAUUGGCUCGAGGUUUAGUCAUUCUUUGACAGGAUGAAACAGUCCACAGAGCUACCCGGUUCACUGAUCUGCGCAUGCGCUGCCAAUAGCGCCGCGCUGAUGUGGAGGGAGGAAUUUCAGUGAACGAGAAAUAUGAGUCAACGGAUUACGUGAACGAGAACGAUUCGUUCACCAAAAAGAUUCGUUCAAAAAGAACGAUUCGUUCACGAACGUAACAACACUAAGAGGAACCGUAACACCGGCGAGCCAGAACACCCGAUUCUCUCUCUGCGGAUCCGUUGGACAAAGCGAAGGGUUUUCAUGCUCUUGAGACUGCACAGAAACAUCACAGUGUUGGGUGAAAGUCAACUACCGUGGGUCCCACUAUAUUAGACUGAGCACUAUACAGCACACAAUAAGCUUGGUGGAGGUAUGACACUAACCAGGGGCUCCUUCACUUAUUCCAGAGGAGAAGAAUAUACCGGAGAAUGGAAGGAAGGUCGGAGGCACGGUAAAGGUGAGCUGAAGUUUGCUGAUGGCACCUGUUAUAAAGGUCAUUUUGAGAAUGGCCUGUUCCAUGGAUCAGGGGUAUUAGUCUUUCCCGAUGGAUCCAGGUACGAGGGUGAGUUCGCCCAGGGAAAAUUCCAAGGGGUUGGAAUCUUCAGCAGGUUUGACGGGAUGAAAUUUGAAGGAGAAUUCAAAAGUGGCCGUGUAGAAGGAUAUGGGCUGCUGACAUUUCCAGAUGGUUCCCAUGGUGCUCCGCGAAAUGAGGGAGUGUUUGAGAACAACAAGCUUCUGAAACGUGAAAAGUGUCAGGCUGUGGUGCAGAGAGCCAAGAACUCCGCAUCCACUGCCCGCGGCCUCUCUGUAUGACAAACUGACCUCAGUGAGAGCACCCCUAACUGCGGCUUUCAGAUCAGGCAGUGUCACAAGUUAAGAAGUCAAAGCAGACUGUGGAUCUGCAUUCAGGGGUGAUCUCUGCCUUCACCAAAUAACAGAGCUCAAAAAUAUGAGAGACCCAUCAGACCCUCAGGGAUGGAUGAAAGUGUUUCCAUUCCACACACCUCUGUUUCUCUCACAUUGUUGCUCUGCCUUGGUUUCCUCUGUGGCUUAAAAACAUCACAAAAUACUGUAUGUUAUGGAGGCAUGGAUAAACUCGAGUUACCAUCGGAGGCAUUGCAGGUACGGAAGCCUGGUCACGUGAAGAUAUUUUUGUGUCAGACAGAAGCCUUAGUCACGAUCAUCUGAUAUAUACUGACACCAAAAAGCAUUUUGCACUAUUUAUUUGAGCAGAGAAUCAAAAGACUGACAUGAAA